AUACAAUUAAUUAACGCUCUCAUCGUCUCUUCUAAAAUAUGAAAAUAGAUAUUACCGAGCAAAGAGUCGAUUCCGCCCAACGUUCAAUUCGACAAACAUAUAAGUCGAAGCACAUCAUCAUCCUUCUAGUAGAUUUGCUUCAGGAUUUGCACUCGCAAUUUCCGGAAUUUGUUUGCUAAUUUUUCCGCUCUAUCACAUAGCAGCAAUUCUUUAGAAUUGAUUUAUUAAUAACCCAGUAUAAUCGAAGGUAUAGUUGCGAAAUUUGCGAAGAUUAACGAUGGAGGAAGCGGCAGCUGAAACGGCUAAUGGAAAUUUAUCGGCUCAGGCCGCCGUAGACGCCGAGGAGGAGCCCAUGGUUGGGCCCGGUCCGGCCCCUCGCUCUCGGCUCAAACGCCCACUCCAGUUCGAACAGGCUUAUCUCAACUCCCUUCCCUCUGCCAACAUGUAUGAGAAAAGUUAUAUGCACCGCGAUGUGGUAACACAUGUUGCAGUUUCGGCAGCUGAUUUUUUCAUAACUGGGAGUGCAGAUGGACACUUGAAGUUCUGGAAGAAAAAGGCUAUUGGCAUAGAGUUUGCAAAACAUUUUAGAUCCCAUCUUGGUCCAAUUGAAGCUCUGGCUGUUAGUGUUGAUGGGACGCUCUGUUGUACAAUCUCAAAUGAUCGAUCAGUGAAAAUAUAUGACGUUUUCAACUAUGAUAUGAUGGCCAUGAUCCGUCUUCCAUUUUUACCUGGUUGUAUUGAAUGGGUUUACAAACAAGGGAAUGUGAAGGCCAUGCUAGCUGUUAGUGAUCGCAACUCAUCAUUCGUGCACAUAUAUGAUGCACGAGCAGGUUCAAAUGAACCCAUAGUUUCUAGAGAGAUUCAUUUGAGCCCGAUAAAAGUAAUGAAGUACAACCAUGAAUAUGAUGCUGUUAUUUCUGCUGAUGACAGAGGAAUCAUUGAGUAUUGGAAUCCUGCUACUUUGCAGUUUCCAGAAAAUGGGGUGACUUUUAGACUAAAGAGUGACACGAAUCUUUUUGAAAUCGCGAAAUGCAAGACUACCGUUUCCACUAUUGAGGUCAGUCCAGACGGCAAGCAGUUUUCUGUCACCUCACCUGAUCGUAGAAUACGUGUAUUUUGGUUUAGAACUGGUAAAUUGAGACGUGUUUAUGAUGAAUCUCUCGAGGUUGCCCAAGAUCUUCAGAGGAGUGAUGUUCCUGUAUACAGGCUUGAAGCUAUAGACUUUGGGCGAAGAAUGGCUGUAGAAAAAGAAUUUGAGAAAACAGAAAAUGCACCACAGCCAAAUGCAGUAUUUGAUGAAAGUUCUAACUUCCUCAUAUAUGCAACCCUUCUUGGGAUUAAAGUAGUAAACCUACAUACCAAUAAAGUUGCGAGGAUCCUGGGUAAGGUGGAGAAUAAUGAUAGAUUCUUAAAAAUUGCCUUAUAUCAAGGUGAUCAAAGCAGUAAAAAAGUGAGGAAAAUUCCUGCAGCUGCAGUAAAUGUCAAUGAAAGCAAAGAUCCUUUGGUAGAUCCUACUCUUCUUUGUUGUGCUUUCAAGAAACACCGAAUUUAUUUAUUCAGUCGGAGAGAACCUGAGGAACCAGAAGAUGCAACAAAAGGCAGAGACGUGUUUAAUGAAAAGCCACCUGCUGAUGAACUCUUGUCUGUCUCAGAUAUAGGAAAAACUGUGACAACAUCUCUUCCAGAUAAUAUCAUUUUGCACACGACUAUGGGUGAUAUUCAUAUGAGGCUAUACCCUGAAGAGUGUCCAAAAACGGUUGAGAAUUUCACAACGCACUGCCGGAAUGGCUAUUAUGACAAUUUGAUCUUUCAUCGGGUUAUCAAGGGCUUCAUGAUACAGACAGGAGAUCCACUGGGAGAUGGCACUGGUGGACAAUCUAUAUGGGGAAGGGAAUUUGAAGAUGAGUUCCACAAAAGUUUGCGGCAUGACAGACCGUUCACUGUAUCCAUGGCUAAUGCCGGGCCAAACACCAAUGGCUCUCAAUUUUUCAUCACAACUGUUGCCACUCCGUGGUUAGACAACAAGCACACAGUUUUUGGCAGAGUUGUAAAAGGAAUGGAUGUUGUGCAGGCUAUAGAGAAAGUGAAGACAGAUAAGGCAGAUAAGCCAUAUCAAGAUGUGAAAAUCCUAAAUGUAACAAUUCCAAAGUAGGUGAUCGUUUAAAUUAUUCAUCCUUCCGGUGAUUGCCCAAGGUUCUCACUCAGUUGUUGGGCAGAUGCUUUUCUCAAUUUUUUGUACCAUCAGAGAUUUUCAAUUUUACAACUGAACUGACAAAACUUUCUUUAGCUUGUUGCUUUCCAUUAUCAUGAUCUUUAUUGUCACUUUGCUGAGUGAAUGGAGAAAAAUACGGUGUUGGGUUU